UUCAUUACGUAUAUGAAUAUUACAAUGCAUGGGCAGGGACUUCUGAAGGUGAACAAAGAUGGUGAAGUAAAUGUACUAACAGACGAGGCUGAGGGGAAGAAAUUCAAGCUAACUGAUGGUGUCGACGUCUCAUCUAAAGGCAUCAUAUACUUUACAGAUGCCUCAUAUAAAUAUAGCCUCGAUAUGCAUUUACUUGACAGUUUAGAAGGCCGUCCAUAUGGAAGAUUGCUCAGCUUUGAUCCUUCUUCUAAUCAAACAACUGUUCUUUUGAGAGAUCUUUACUUCGCCAAUGGCGUCUCUCUUUCUCCUGAUCAGCAAUCCCUCAUUUUCUGUGAGACUCCACUAUGGAGAUGCAGAAGAUAUCAUAUUGAAGGAGAGAAGAAGGGGAGAGUUGAAGAGUUCAUCGAGAAUUUGCCUGGUUUUCCUGAUAAUAUUCGAUACGAUGGUGAUGGGCAUUAUUUAAUUGGAUUACCAGUGGGAAGGACUCUGUUCUGGGAUCUAUUAAUGAAGUACCCCUUGCUUAGAAAGCUGAAGGUUGCUCUGGGAAUGCAUGUAAACUUUCCUUCAUUUAAGAAUUCUGGCUUGAUGAGAGUAAAUUUAGAGGGAAAACCUGUAGCUCUUUAUAAGGAUCCAGAGCUCUCCCUUAUCACAGGUGGUUUUAAAAUUGGGAAGCAUCUUUACUUAGGCUCACUGUUUCAGAACUAUCUUCUCAGGAUUGAUAUUACUAAAUUAUUAGCAACGAAACCAUAGUUGAAGAACUAUAUAUGAUGAUAUAAAAGUGGCAGAAAGCAAAUUAAAUUCAGGGUUUCGCUGUCUGAAUGCAUGGAGAUUUGAAUAAAGAGAUCUUUUUUACCUUUUUAUUAGUGAUAUUAUGAGCUGUUGAACACAUUCAAGCUUUUGAUUACUCAAAUCAAAUUAUCUUUC